UAAAAACCCUAAAACACACAACAAAACUCUUUUUAACUCUCAUUUCUAUUUUCCCACAACACACAUCGGAGAGAGAAAGCAAACUACAACAUUUCUCCGAUGGCGGCGAACAACAACAGAUCCGAUCACGACUCCGACGAGAACACGCGUCUCUACAACCCUUACCAAAACUUCGAGGCUCCGAUAAAGUCUCAGUACCUCUACAAGCUCCCCACCUCCCCCGAGUACCUCUUCACCGAGGAGUCCUUAAAGCAGCGCCGCUCCUGGGGCGAGAAUCUCACCUUCUACACCGGCACCGCUUACCUCGGCGGCUCCGUCGCCGGCGCCGCGGUCGGGAUCGUGACCGGAGUCAAGAACUUCGAAUCUGGCGACACGACGAAGCUGAAGAUCAACAGGAUCUUGAACUCCUCUGGUCACACGGGGAGGACGUGGGGGAAUAGGGUCGGGAUCAUUGGGCUGAUGUACGCUGGGAUCGAGAGCGGCGUUGUGGCUGCGAUGGAUAGGGAUGAUGUUUGGACGAGCGUGGUGGCUGGUCUUGGGACCGGGGCGGUUUUUAGGGCGGCGCGUGGGGUGAGAUCCGCGGCUGUGGCGGGGGCUCUCGGUGGGAUAGCGGCUGGUGCUGUGGUUGCAGGGAAGCAAGUUGUGAAGCGGUAUGUGCCCAUAUGAAGGGAGAAAGAUUGUUGCUUUUGAAAUUUUUUGAUAGAGAGAGAGAGAGAGAGAGAUGUUCAAUUUGGAAUAUCAUAAAAAAAAAAAUGAAAACUUUGAAUAACAAAACCUUUUUAUUUAUAUGAUGACUAUCAAGAAUGGUUAUUGGUUGUUGAUAGUAGUUUACUUUCUGAUAAGAGCUAAUCUUCUUUGCGUAUGGCUAAUGUUUGGGAUCUAUGUGUUGUAUCAGUCUUUGAAAUGAAACUCUUUUCUUUUGUCAAGUUUA